AUGGGUGAUGUUCCGGUCCAACCAGCCCGUCCACCCCGGGAUGGACAUUGGCGUCACAGGUCCCUGCUGCCCGCUGCCACUCACAAGGAAGGUGGACCCACCAUGGGACCCGCUGCCCCUGUUGGCCACGCUCCAAGGCCCUGCAGAUGUUCUGGUGCCAGUGGGAGUCUCCCAACCCAUGUCCACCUGCUGAGCGGUGCAACCCUGGGGAUGUGGCUGUGCCUCCUGCUCCUGAUGGCUGCCUGCGUGCCCACCUCCACCUCCAGCCCUGGUAUCAAGGGCCGGGUGACCCAGAGCGCUCUGGAAUAUGGCCGGAGCUUUGGGCUGGAUCUGCUCUGCUCGCUGCUGCAGAAGGAGCACAAUGUGAACCUACAGGGCUCCUACCAGGCCCCACUCCUGGGGAGACUCAACUACACCGUGCCUCAGAUCCACAUCCACGAGCUGCAGAUGAACGACUCCACCGUGGACUUUGCUGAGGAUGUGGGUGUGCAGCUGACAGUGCAGCGUGCCCGGAUCCAGCUCAGUGCCACCUGGCGAGCACAGCUGAGUGCUUGGCAGGACAGCGGCUCACUGCGGCUGCAUAUCAGGGACCUGGCGGUGGCUGUGCUGCUGGGGCUGGGUGCUGAUGAGCAGGGCCAGCCCUCCAUGUGGGCUGCCGGCUGUGACGCCCGCGGCACCGACCUGCGUCUGGAGUUCCACCAGGGACAGAGCUGGCUGUACAACCUCCUGGUGCCGCUGCUCCAGAGAACCCUGAGGCAGCAGCUCAACAAGCAGCUCUGUGUUGAGAUCCAGAAGGGCAUUGGCAGGCUGCAGGACAGCCUGAAGAACGUGCGAGUGUCUGCUCAGCUUGACCCCUUUGCUGCCAUUGACCUCUCGUUGCUGGGACAGCCAGCGAUCACAAAGCAGCACGGGGACGUUGACCUCAAGGGAGAGUUCUUUGGGGUACGCGGGCGGUGGCAGAGCCCUUUCUCAGCACAGCCUGUGGAGCUGCCUGAGCUGCAGGAGCCCAUGCUGCUGGUGGCUGUCACCGAGUUCGUCGCCAACACUGCAGCCUUUGUGUAUUUCACAGCCGGAGCUCUGCACAGAAACAUCACUGCUGAGAUGCUCCCACGGCGCUUCCCCCUGAAGCUGAACACAGAGAGCAUGGGGAGCUUCGCCCCACAGCUGCAGCAGCACUUCCCCAGCCGCCCUGUGGAGCUGCACCUCUGGGCCCGCCGGCAGCCCCUGCUCUCCUGCCAUCCCAACGCCCUGCAUGGGGCUCUCUUCGGCUCUGCUGAGGCCUUCGUGGUGCUGCCCAAUGCCACCCGAGUCCCUGCUUUUCUGCUGAACAUUGAUGUCAAUGUGACAGGGAAGCCAACCAUUGCUGGGAACAGGCUGGGGGGCACAGUGGGGCUGAAGAGCCUCAGCGUGGUGCAGAUGAUGUCAUAUGUGGGCCCACUGCAGCUCUGCUAUCCCUGCAGAGCGGCUCCGUCCCGGCAUCCCGCUGCCCACCCCGCAUGGCAUCACCCUGCUGCACCCACGCCUGUCAUUGCACAAGGGCUUCGUGCUCAUCGCCACAGACCUGCACUACAAGCCUUGAGACCUGCAUCUGCGUGGGAAGAUGCUGGCACUGUACGCUGUAUUGCAUCCCCAUCCCUCUCCCCAUCCCACUGGCAUCUCAUGCCCUCACAGCCUCGGCUGAGCAGUGGGUCCUAUACCCCAUCGCCCCGCACGGAGCCGUCACCACCGCAUUACGGCGUGGUGCUCCGUGGGGACGGCGGCACCCGCUCGUGGGGAUGA